AUGUCAGGCGACGGCGUUCCUUCUGAUAUGGACAACAACCUGUUGUCCCCAAUCACUACGAAGAGACGAGACACACGCAGAUUAUCAAACCAGAGUGCCACUCGGUCAGAUCUGUUCGGAGGUCCUGCUGUUGUUGGACCACCUGACAGCGUUGAGGGCGGUUACAGCAAUGCCCACCAAACGGCCAAGGCCAUGGAAUUGGCCAAACAUCAUUUGGCCGAGGGAGAUGACCUGUCCUCCCCCGAAGACUCUCAGCCUGUUACCCCUGAUUCGUCUGGCUUGACGACGACCGACAAAUACGCCUUUGCAUUUGAUAUUGAUGGCGUACUCAUCAAAGGAGGCGACGUCAUUCCAGAAGCCAUUGAAGCCAUGAAGGUUUUGAACGGAGAAAAUGAAUAUGGUAUUAAAGUGCCGUAUAUCUUUGUGACGAAUGGUGGAGGCAAGACCGAAGAGGAGCGAUGCAUCCAACUCUCGAACCAGCUCCAGCUGGAAGUGUCUCCGGGCCAGUUCAUCUGCGGCCACACUCCCAUGCGGGAGAUGGCGGAGAAGUAUCACACCGUCCUCGUAGUGGGUGGCGAGGGCGAGAAAUGCCGCACUGUUGCAGAAGGAUAUGGCUUCAAGGACGUCAUCACCCCGGGUGACAUCAUCAAAGAUAACAAAGACACCACCCCAUUCCGUAAACUGACCGAGGAGGAGAUGAAAAACUCGAAAAAGAGGAAUUAUGGCGAGGUCGAAAUCGAAGCGGUGUUUGUCUUCGCAGACAGCCGAGACUGGGCAGGCGAUUCCCAGAUCAUCCUGGAUCUCUGCAUGAGCAAGAAUGGCCGGCUCGGUACCCGUUCAGAAACGUUCGAUGAAGGGCCUCCCGUCUACUUUUCCCACAACGACAUUGUCUGGGCCACGUCGCACGCAUACUCGCGCAUCGGCAUGGGUGCCCUACGCGCGUCCCUCGAAGCCAUGUUCAAGGCCAUCACAGGCAAAGAGCUGAAGACCAUUGCCUUUGGCAAGCCCCAGCUUGGCACAUUCGACUUUGCAACCAGACUGCUGCAGCAAUGGCGCAAAGAUACUCAUGGCAUCAACAAACCCCCGGAGACGGUCUACUUUGUUGGUGACACUCCGGAGUCGGACAUCCGAGGUACCAACGAGUUCAACGAGCACGGCGAUCCAAAUGUCGAGUGGUAUUCGAUCUUGGUUCGAACUGGCGUCUACCAGGAAGGUACUAAGCCUGCAUUCAUCCCAAAGAUGACGGUCGACAAUGUCCUCGAAGCUGUCAAAUAUGGAAUGCGGCGCGAAUUCGACAAGGCCUUGAAGAACCUGACUAUUGGCGGCGGAGCACCACAGCUGGCGGAUGCCAUCGCCGAGGAUGACGACGACGAGUAA